CUAACAAUGUGCGAAUGGAAAAGGUGUACUGAAUCUACUGGAACGCAGAUUGUUGAGCUACUGAUUGUCAAUUCUUCGCUGUUGCGGGAGUUGCGAGAGGACAGUGCCGGCCGAACGCUUUUGACUCAAGAGGAUCAUAAAGAAAUUCUAGAAUGCAAAAGCGCUAGAGAUAAAGCUGAAGCUUUGCUGACGAAGCUGAGUCGAAAACGACCUUCCAACGGAACGAUUCGUAAAUUUUGUGGGGCACUGCAAGCGACAGGACAAAAACGAUUGUCUCAAAUUAUGGAUGAAAGUUUGAAACAAGAAUAUGGACGCAGGCUAUUGAUGUACUCUGUAGUAGUCAACGAACCGGAUUCGAGAUCUAAUAGUCCCACGCUGCAGCGGCAAGUACCUGCUGACAUGAUGGACACCGUGGCGCACGUGGUCGGUUCGAGGUGGAGGCAUCUGGGUUCCGAGCUCGGUUUGAGCGAGUUUGAGUUAGGUAAUAGUCGACUACAAGCACUAAGAAGCGAUGAAAAGAAGGCGAGGUACAUUCUCCAAACGUGGGCUAACAGACGAGGCUCGAUGGCCACCACGGCGGAACUUUUGAAGACUUGUAAUCGAAUUCAAGUAAAAAAUAAGUUGGAAGCCGAACUACAACGAAAACAAAAAGACCCAAUUGCGCGUUUGGGACCGUUCGCAUCAGAAAUUUUUCAAGAAGCCAUGUUAAGAGGUCGUGCACCGUUAUGCCGCGCUUUGGUUCACGUUGUGGGAUCCGGAGAGAGGGAAAGAACUAAUCUCAUUUUGUCACUGCUCAAAUCAGCGUUUGAGAAGGACAUGACGAAAGUUGAAAAAAAAGUUCACGUUGGUUUUUGUAGGGGUGCUAGCAUGCAAGUGGCAACAAAUGAUGAGCAUCUGGAUGGUGCAAUAGGUCGCUGUUUCUUGAAGGUGAAGAAUGAAAUAUUAAAAUCACGCGAACGCAGAAGUGCUUUACAGGAGUCUGUCAACACAUCCCAACAAAACUUUGUUGACAGUGAUGUACAGUGUCUCUUGUCGGAAGGUAUCGAUAUGCGAUUGUUGUGUGACUGUUGCCAACUAACCAACGACCUCGCAACGGUUGUAGACAAGCUUGACACCAUGGAAUCUAUGAAGUCCAAACAAGAGUCUGAAUGCAAUGCUACUGAAGCAGCAAUCAACUUCAUUCAACACGCAACAAUUGAUUCGUUUUUUGCUAUUCAUCUUGCUCUUCUCGGUCAGUCAGUCGACUAUCCAACUUCGCUAUACAUGCUAGUCUUUAAGCUCAGUCAGCUUGUUGGCAAACAGUCAAAGUUGAGUAAUGCAGACAACAGUUACGAUGCUCUUUCUCUUGCUGGCAGAGCAAUACAAUUGUCUAUUGCUGGGGAAAACGAAGAAGCAGUUGAUGGUAUGGGAACAGGUGAGGAAGUCGCCUAUCCUCCUAUGGCAAUUGUUGGUACUCAUACUGGAGAGGCUGAUGUACAACUGAAGAUAGACAAUUACGACAGAAUUGUUAACAAAGUUGUCAAAGAAGUGAGUUGUCACGAAAAUGUGAUUAAACCAAAUAAACAAGUUGCAAGUUUGCGUCACCUGAAAGACACCAACCGUCACAAAGCAAGCAUGUUUUUCUGUGUCGAUAUUACAAAGGCAGGGAGAGAAGUGGAAGACACUGUAGCGAUUGAGCUUCGGGAAAGAAUUGUUGCCAUGAUUCGUACAUUUUGGUCAGAAAGAGUACGAGAACAACCAAUGAGAUGGCAUUGCUAUGAAAAAGUUCUCAAGGCUCUUCGAAAGCAGUUACACAAGGGACGGUGCAGUUUAUCAGCAGCCAGACUUCUUGCCAAGAGCCUCUGUUGCAUGCCCAACUCUCAUGAAGUCGAAUCAGUAUUGCGAUACCUCAGAAGUUUUGGAUCGGUCUUAUACUAUCCUGAAUGGAAGGAGCUACAGGAUAUUGUCUUUAUCAAUCCGCCGUGGCUUGUUAAUGUUAUGACAACAUUUGUUAUAGGCAAGGAUGUGGCCUCUCAUCUUCAGCAUCACUGGGAUUUAGCCAGACUUCGUGGUCUCCUCACUGUUCCAUUUGUUCAAUUUCUUCUUUAUCUGUCGGAGGUGUCCGUUGAUGAUUUUUCUGACAUGAUACAGAUUCUCAGGCACUUUGGUUUCCUCUUUCCUUUUACAAGCUUUGUAGGAACCAAGUCAAUAUUGCAGGGAUAUUUUGCUCCGUUUUUGACCACUGCAGAGUUUUCAGGGCCUCCUGCAUUUAAAUUUGCAUCAUCCAACUUUCCCCCACCUCUAGUUUUUAUGGCUGAUGAUGGUGGGCUGUUGUUGGAGCCGCUGUUUCUCCGUUUGACUGGUCAUUGUCUAGAACACUUUCCUAAAAGACCAGAGCUGAAACGCAACCGUUGUGUUUUCCACACUCCAGAUGGCCUUAAUCUGGAGCUGUACUAUUCCAAUCGACGCUACAUAAUCACCACCCUGUUUACAAUUGACACUUCAACUGCUUCCACUGACUUGAAGAGAUGCUGUCUUGACUUGAGGCACUUUCUUCAAGAACAAUUGGAAUCGGUUAAAAUGAGGGGAAUGGCUGGUCUACGUUUGCAGCUUUGCCUUCUAGAUGUUUCAAAGCUUAAUAGCAGUUCAGUUCCUCUAAACGUUACUAGAGAUAGUCUAGUACCACUGGAUAAGUCACAGCUGCCUAACUCAGAAUUGUGGAAACAACAACAAGAACAAGAACAACAACAACAACAACAACAACAAGAGUCCGGAAGUCAAAGUUGUGCAACACUUGAGUGUACUGAGUCACAAUCUGACAACAAACACGUCAUUACAGUUGCUGAUCUGCCUCUUUCUGUGUCGGAGUGCCUGUCUAGUGCGUUGAAUACUGGGGAAGAACGAAGUGGUUGGCGAGGAUUGGCUGAUAACUUGAAUUUGGAUGCAUCUACUCAGAAUGAUAUUGCGCAGAUGUAUGAGGACCGUUGCGGAGGAGUGCUGCAUUGUUGGGAAAGACGUGAAGGCAGAAACAUGCAGCUCAAACUUAUGUACAACUCACUUAAGAAAAUGAAACACAGAGCGAGCCUUAAAGUGUUAGAUGAAUUUCUUUCCACGUGUCGGGAUAAGGCCCGCCAAGCUGUGGAGAAUGUUCAAACAAAGGACAAUGGCAUGCCUAGUUCUUUCCAAUUGCCAGACUCACAUCUAUCCAGUCAAUCAAUUGAUCAAGUUCAUUCACUGACCUCUAGUGAAGUGGGGGAGAACCCAUCACACUGCGUUUCAACCUUGCAUUCUAAAGUUUGUGAUGAGCAAUUGUUUGACACUGUCCAACCUGGCGUUUUCACUGAAUUGCUGGACACUGCCAGUGAACUGAGCCGGCGAGUCGAUGCUGUUGAAGAGGACAUGUCGGUCACUCUUAGCCAAUUGUCAGAGCUACAUGACAAAUGCAGUCAGAUUCAUAAUGAUGUACAGGUAGCAGACAGGAGGUGUUUGGAUAAGACUGAGAACAUUGCUCUUCACAUUGGUGAAAUCCAAAAAACCAUCGGGAGCUUUCGGCAACAAAUAAAUAUGGUUGCCCAAGCUCAGCGGGAUGCAGAGAUUUUGCAAGGCUUAGAGAGUCAUUCUCAUCGCAAACUUCCAGGUCAGAUAGAAAGCAUGCAAACUGUUCUCACAAGUUUAUCACAGAAGUUAGAGCUAAAUCAAGCUGAACAGCAGCAAACCAGAUCUGACAUUAGACAACUAGCACAAGACAUUCAUGAAAUCAGAAAUGUACGGAAACACAACAAUGCUGGUUUACCUGAUACAGUCGAUGGUCUCCAAAUAUUGGAACUACUGCAGACACUUCUAGAAAGAGCAAGAUCACCUGACGUGCAUGAUGCUCUGAUGGUGAGACUGCCCUCUGAGCUACAAGCAGACACAACUAUACUUAAGAAAGAUGGCGAGUGUCAAUUAGAGUUUGCACUUGACAAAACUCCGACUACUAUCAAUUCAGUCACUGAAGUUGAGAAAAGUAGAAGAGGAUUGAAUAAAGGGAAAAGAGAGACAGAUAGUGAAGUGGCUGUGCCAUCAUCUGCCAGUGCAGUGAAAGCUACGUCUGACACUUGUAAAGAAUUUGAAAAGCAAGGGAAGUCACCCACAGCUGAGGCGACCAAGGACAGUCUAACAAGCAAACAUCAGGAGCAAACUGGUUUGUCAAAAAGUAAUGACACACAAUAUCGUGGCAUGAUUACACCCAUUGCCACCACUGCCAUUCCCAGUUUAAUAUCAGAUAGAUCUAGACAUCAGAAUCAAGAGCACAGGAGACGAAAAUGCUGUCAGAUACUAUAGCAGCAAUAGCACGACACAUCUUUAUGAACUAUGGUAACGAUAGUAUAUUUUCUAUCACACCCGAGUAGUUCUGCAUGUCUAGUACAUAUCGAUCUCACAUGCAUAAAUUGCAGCAUAUACAUGUAUUCCUAAAUUGUGUGAGUGAGUGCACAAUAUCAUAAAUAUAAAACACAACUGAC